AUGGUCAGCCAGACAUGUUCACCAUGUCUCAGGGAUGGGAUCCUGUCUAAGGCUUGGUUUAUUUACCUAAACUUGGGCAUGGUGUUCUUGUCGUUCACGCUUCUGGUUUAUAAUUUGCCUAGUAAGGACAUUCACCAUCGUUAUGUAUACAAUGAAUCGUUACUUGUGCGGCCUCAACGUUUACCAAGCGGAGAUAUCAAAUACAACAUUGUGGUAGUGACAGAUUUGGAUCAUUUGAGUAAAAACGGCAAUCACUGGCACUCGUAUUUGAAGAGAGGAUUCUUGGUAAUGGAUGAGACAGCCACUAAAGCAUCAGUUCAUUGGAGUCGACCUGAUGUUGUCCUCAAAUCAGAUAUGGCAGCGAAAGGCCGAGCUAUGGAGUUAUCAGAUCUGGUGGUGUUUGAUGGUCAAUUGUUGAGUGUGGACGAUAGGACUGGCUUGAUCUACAAGAUUAUGGGAGAUCAGAUUGUGCCAUGGGUAUUUCUGAACGAUGGACCAGGAAAUACGACCAAGGCUUUCAAAGCAGAGUGGAUGACAGUAAAAGACGACUACCUUUAUAUUGGUGGUCUGGGGAAGGAGUGGACGACAGCUUCAGGAGAGUACGUAAAUGACUAUCCGAUGUGGGUGAAGAGAGUUUCUUUUAAUGGAGAAGUGGUGCAUCUGAAUUGGACUCACAAUUACAAGAUGAUCAGGAAGAGUUUGGGCAUCGGCUUCCCUGCCUAUCUUAUCCAUGAGAGCUGUCAGUGGUCGAAGGUUCAUCAGAAAUGGUUUUUCUUGCCUAGGUAGUGUUGUGUUCGUAUGUUAUUGUAUUUUCUGUUUAGGAGAGUCUCAGAAGAACCGUAUGACGAGAACAAAGACGAAUUCAAAGGCUCUAACAUUGUACUAAUGGCUUCAGAGAACUUUGCUAAUGUCAAGAAGCUGGAAAUUGGUGAUCGAGGAGACGGAACUCGAGGCUUCAGUGCAUUCCAGUUUGUUCCCAACACCAACGACGAUGUUAUUGUGGCGCUGAAGUCAGAAGAAAGAGAAGGUCGAUCUGUUGCUUCGUACAUUUCCGUAUUCCGCAUUUCCGAUCGCACACUUCUGAUGACCGAAAGUCGCCUCGAGGGCGCGUAUAAAUUCGAGGGGCUUGAGUUUGCUUGA